GAGGUCGUCCGAGUUCGUAUUGUUCUUUCUUCGUAGAAAUCGCUAUGGCUGCACAGUCGCAAUCGCUUCCUCUCGCCGGCAGAGUAGCCAUAGUCACCGGCUCUUCUCGUGGUAUCGGAAGAGCCAUAGCGAUCCACCUCGCCGAACUCGGUGCGAGGAUCGUUGUCAAUUACACAACUAAAUCGGCAGACGCCGAGAUUGUCGCGGCGGAGAUCAACGGCCUUCCGUCCCCCGAAAAUGAUGGACCGAGAGCGAUCGUGGUUCAGGCCAACGUUUCAGAGGCAAGCCAGGUGAAAUCGCUUUUCGAUGCGGCGGAGAGCGCCUUCGAGUCGCCGGUUCAUAUUCUGGUUAACUCGGCGGGAGUACUCGAUCCCAAGUACCCUUCCAUCGCAAACACAUCGGUUGAAGAUUUUGAUCGCACUUUCAGUGUCAAUACAAAAGGGGCGUUUCUUUGCAGCAAAGAAGCUGCCAAUAGGCUCAAAAAGGGAGGCGGUGGUCGGAUCAUACUCCUCACAUCUUCCAUGACCCGAGGUUUGAAGCCGGGAUUCGGGGCAUAUGCAGCGUCAAAAGCAGCUGUGGAAACUAUGGUUAAGAUUCUAGCGAAAGAGCUCAAAGGAACAGGAAUCACUGCAAACUGUGUAGCUCCGGGACCCAUCGCCACUGAGAUGUUCUUUGAAGGAAAGAGCUCAGAGUUGGUGGAGAAUAUAGCCGCAGAGAAUCCUUUUGGGAGAGUCGGCGAAGUUAAAGAUGUGGUGCCUCUUGUUGGGUUCUUGGCUGGCGAUGGUGGUGAAUGGAUCAACGGUCAGAUCAUUCCUGUUAAUGGUGGAUAUGUGUAAAAGGAUUUGGUCUUUAGUAGCCUCUUUACUGUUCUUUUGAGGCUUACUGAUGAUAUGUCUGCAAAUGUGUUGUUAUAUAACAAUAAUAACCAGAUAAUGAUUUUGAUUCGAUGCUCA